CCACUUCCAAAGUCCCAACCCAAACGAACCCAACCAACCUCUCUUCCUCCCUCUACAGAUACCCUCUUCCACCAGCACGUGAUGGGCACGUGCCAAUGGACCAGAGGCCGCGCCAUCGGCCGCGGCUCAUCCGCCACCGUCUCCAUGGCCACCGAUUCUCGGUCUGGUGCGAUCUUCGCCGUCAAGUCAGCGGAGCUCAUUCGGUCUAGCUUCUUGCAGAGAGAACAGGUAAUUCUCUCCCGUCUCGACUGCCCGCGGGUUGUAGCGUACAUGGGCCACGACGUCACCGCCGAAAAUGGUCUGCUUUUCUACAAUCUCUUCAUGGAGUACGUCGAUGGGGGCACGCUUUCUGACGCAAUUCGCCGGCAUGGGGGCCGGCUCAGCGAACCGGCGAUCCGAUCUCACACGCGUUCGAUUCUGGAAGGGCUGGUCUAUCUCCACUCGGAAAGGUUAGUGCAUUGCGACAUCAAGGGGCGUAACGUACUUAUGGGGCAGGAAGGGGCGAAGAUCGCCGAUUUGGGCUGCGCUAGGUGGGCCGACGGCAUCGAAAAGGGGCCUAUUGCUGGAACGCCGCUUUUCAUGGCACCGGAGGUCGCCCGCUGUGAGGAGCAAGGCUUCCCCGCCGACGUGUGGGCUCUUGGAUGCACCCUCAUCGAAAUGGCUACUGGUUGCGCGCCAUGGCCUGACAUGGCCGAUCCUGUCUCCGCCCUGUAUCGAAUUGGUUAUUCAGCUGAGGUACCGGAAUUUCCGAGCUGGCUCUCCGACGAAGGGAAGGAUUUCUUAAGCAAGUGUCUAAGGAGAUGUCCGACGGAGAGAUGGACGGCGAAUCAGCUUCUUAAGCAUCCCUUCGUUGACGAAUUGAAUUCUCCUCCGAAACAGAUCCUUGCCUCUGCCCUCUCAAAUUCUCCCAAAAGUACUCUGGAUCAAAGCUUCUGGGACUCCUUGGAUGACAUUCGACCACAACAGGAACUGACCCACAUGGAAUCAAUAGACGAUCCUCUAGCCGGAAGACUCCAGCAGUUGAGCAGCGGCAAUUCACCGUCUGGAACGCCUGAUUGGACUUGGGGGGAGAGUUGGGUUACAGUUCGAAGUAGCGACGGAGGUGAGGUUUCUCCGUCGCAGCCACAGGAGGGUCAGAUUCCGGCCGGCCAACAAACUAGUGGGUCAGAUGUUUGGAGGAGUCAUGAAAUUCAGGAGCUUAGUACAAACCUUGUGAUUGAAGAGACUGCUCUAUCAAUUCGAGUGCCAAACACGUUACAUUCCUGUAAUGGGGUUUGUGUAAUUGGAUGUACAUGUACUAUAGAUGUUACAUUUUCUAUUGUUAAUUUGGCAAAACCAAACCAUUUGUGUUUUGGAGAAUUGAGAUUCGGAAUUUCUCUUUUUUCUAUUGUUUUCGUUUUACUGUCUCCAGAAAUCUUUGUUUGGAAUUACACCCAAAUCAUGAUUGGGGCGGAUCUGGUGUGGGGUACUGCUGAAAACGGAAACCCCAUCAGGUGGGCCAUAGGUUUUCCCCCCUUUGGACCCAAAUUGAUAGUGAACUAAUUUCAGGUUAUCCCUGAAACGAGCAGGCUAUUUAGGUUAGGGCAGAAAUCAAUUAAACCAAUAUGCAAAUUUAUUUUAUUUUUGUCAUCCAAACAGUCCCACAAAAACGGAAAAAUCAGGUGCGUAGGGGGGAGUGUUUUCUUUGAUGCUCAGGUAGAAUAUGACCGAACUGGAUUCGGUGACGCCGGAGGGAUUGUAAGUUGGGUGAGUCUUA